UUAAAAUAUCCAGCAUUACAUUGUACGGACCUCACGUUGUUUCACAAAGCUUUUUCUACUCUCUCUCUCGUAUAAAUUGCGCUCCCACUCUCUCACUUUUCCCAUUCAUUCAUUUUCAGUCAAAAUCCAAAUUCCGUUUUUUUUAUUUUUUUCUUUUUUUUAGAAAAAAUAAAAAUUUCGAAUCCUUACCGAGAAUAAUGUCACUGUGCAGCGAGACGCCGUCCGCCGCCGCCGGUGGUGGCGAGAUUAUGUUGUUUGGUGUGAGAGUCAGGGUUGAUCCGAUGAGGAAGAGCGUCAGUAUGAAUAAUCUCUCUGAAUACGAGCCUGUUGUCAACUGUAGCAAUCCGAACGACGUCAACAACACUACUGAAGCGCCGAAGGUUGCGGCGGAGGAUGGCGGCACCGCCGCCUACGCCUCCGCCGACGAUGCCUACCCCCGGGCUGCCCCAUGGGGGCCCGACAUAAACAGGGGGCACCUACCCGCCUCCCCCUUUUUAUCCAAUUUCUUUGAUUUUGAUUUGUUUGCAGGAGUUCCAUGGACAGAAGAAGAACACAAGCUAUUCCUAAUUGGAUUGGAGAAAAUUGGAAGAGGUGAUUGGAGAGGAAUUUCCAGAAAUUACGUCAAAACCCGAACACCAACGCAAGUCGCUAGCCACGCCCAAAAAUACUUCCUUCGCCGGAAUAACCUCAACCGCCGCCGCCGCCGCUCUAGCCUCUUCGACAUCACCACCGAUUCGGUAACUGCAAUGGCAACUGAAGAGAGCAAGAACCAUCAAGACAACACCCCAGUCCAGAUGGUGCCGCGGCCGCCGCCGACGGUGGCUAUGCCGCUGCCUGUAACUUCGAAUGUGAAUGGAUUCUCGCUCGGCCCUGUUUUGUUCUCGAAUCAACACGUGAAAAACGAGGCGUCUUCUUUAUCUCUGAGGCUAUCACUCUCAUCAGGGCAAGAUCAGCCAUCAAGGAUGGGUUCACCUUUCCACAUGUUAAACAGUGGAGAUAGUGUUUUAAGUGUUGCUUGAGGUUUCGAUAUCGGUUUCUUGGUAUUGACAAAAUAAAAUUGGUAAAAAAAAAGGUACCGAAAAUAUCAAAUUAGAGGGAUUGAAUGUCAAGAAAUAGAGAUUAGGCAAAAUUAGUUGGCUAGAAAUUCAAUCUUUUGUCAUUGUACAAAACCAGAGAAAUAUCAUGGUGUUGUUUGUUUGUACUUUUGCUUUGAUGCUUUGAUAUUUUAGAUUCUUGCUUAUUA